AUGAAAGAGGUCAAUGUUUUGUCGCGAUCUAUCAACAAGAGCGUCAAUCUCUACGCAUUCGAGGAAUAUCUCAGUGCCCAGGCAUCUCUACUGCCAGAUCUACCGGAGAUAAAGAAAAUCUCACCACGGGUAAUCCGCGUGUUGGGCGGGAAUCCCGGGCUCAUGCAACUCCAAGGAACAAAUACGUAUAUUGUUGGUACUGGUUCAAAACGUAUCCUAGUUGACACAGGUCAAGGAAUACCUCAGUGGGCACAAUGGAUAUCAUCUGCCAUUGAAGAACAUGGCAUCACCAUCGAAAAAGUUCUUUUGACUCACUGGCAUGGGGAUCAUACUGGAGGUGUACCAGACCUGGUUAGAAUGUAUCCAGAAUUGGAAGGGUCAAUCUUCAAGAAUAGACCUGAUGCUGGUCAAAACCCCAUUUCCGAUGGCGAGGUGUUCGAGACAGAGGGGGCCACCAUUCGUGCGGUUUUCACUCCCGGGCAUUCCGUCGAUCACAUGUGUUUUCUGCUGGAAGAAGAGGAAGCCUUAUUUACUGGCGACAACAUGCUUGGCCACGGAACUACGGCAGUUGAAGACCUAGCCACGUACAUGAAUAGCCUCUUUGUUAUGCAAAAACAAAACUGCAAGAUCGGCUAUCCAGGUCACGGCGAGGUAAUUGGUGAUUUGAAAUUGGUCAUGCAGACAGAAAUUGGGCGCAAGCAGCGCCGGGAGCGCCAGAUUAUAGCCGGUCUUAAAACACUCCAGAAGCGAAACCAGGGAAGUAUAGGUGCUCUGCCGAGGGAUCUGGUGACGCAAGUGUUUGGAGACUUGCCGGACGAUGUUGUAGACAGCAUUUUCGUACCAUUUGUGAAGGAGCUUUUGAUGAAGCUGGCUAUUGAGAGACGAGUUGGAUUUCGUAUGAGCUUAGGAGAUAAACUUUGGUUCGUCAAGGGUGGUUAA